AUGUUGCGCUCGUCAAUACCGCACAUCGUCGGCCGUGCGCGGCGGCCGCUCAAGACCACAGUCUUUGGGGCAACCGUCAGACGCAUCGCUGCUACCACACCCACCUUACAGCAGAGACAGUCUUUCGCCUCGGUUGUCCCGCCACGGGCUCAGGAUCCGACGAAGCUUGACGAGAUUACCACCCUCCCCAAUGGUAUCCGAGUCGCCUCCGAGGCGCUGCCCGACGCAUUUUCGGGCGUUGGUGUCUACAUUGAUGCCGGUUCGCGGUAUGAGAACGAGUAUCUGCGCGGUGCUAGCCACAUCAUGGAUCGUCUUGCCUUCAAGUCCACCAACAAGCGCUCUGCCGACGACAUGCUCGAGGCUGUCGAAAGUCUCGGAGGCAACAUCCAGUGUGCGUCGUCUCGCGAAUCCAUGAUGUACCAGGCUGCCACCUUUAACUCGGCCAUCCCUACCGCCACUGAGCUCCUCGCCGAGACAAUUCGCAACCCACUCAUGACCAACGACGAGGUGGCCCAGCAGCUAGAAACGGCCGCGUACGAAGUCAAGGAGAUCUGGGCCAAGCCUGAGCUGAUUCUGCCCGAGCUGGUACACAUGGCCGCCUUCAAGGACAACACCCUCGGGAACCCGCUGCUGUGCCCAGAGGAGCGUCUUGGUGCCAUUGACGGCAACGUCAUCCGUGCCUACCGCGAGGCUUUCUACCAGCCUGAGCGCAUGGUCGUUGCGUUUGCAGGCAUCUCACACGAGGAGUCUGUGCGCCUGGCUGUGCAGCAUUUUGGGGACAUGAAGCCUACCGAGCCGAUCUCCACAGAAGUUGAUGCCACUGCGUCAGUCGACGAGAGCGACCGCGCGUCGAUAAUAUCCUCCUCCUCUUCCUCGUCCACAUCCACAUCCGCAUCCACCGCCACAUCGUCCGUCAGCUCUGCUGCCAUCAGCCAACCCUCUAAGCUCCUCUCCAAGAUUCCCUUUUUCAAGAAUAUCUCCACGUCAGCACCGCAAAACGCCUCUGUGCUCUCCUCCGUCCCAUCGACGACCUCCCUAAAUGUCUCCGCUGCACACUACACUGGCGGCUUCCUGUCAUUGCCACCCCAGCCGCCACCGCUGAACCCCAACUUGCCCACAUUUACGCACAUCCAGCUUGCCUUUGAGGGCCUCCCGAUCUCGUCCGACGAUAUCUACGCCCUCGCCACGCUGCAGACACUCCUUGGUGGCGGCGGCUCCUUCUCGGCCGGUGGACCUGGCAAGGGUAUGUACAGCCGCUUGUACACCAACGUGCUCAACCAGUAUGGCUGGGUCGAGUCGUGCAUUGCCUUCAACCACUCCUACGCCGACAGUGGCCUCUUUGGCAUUGCCGCCUCCUGCUACCCAGGCCGCACUGCCCAGAUGCUUGAGGUCAUGUGUCGCGAGCUCCGCUCGCUCUCUCUCGACAAUGGCUUCAGCGCCCUGGGCCAGGCCGAGGUCAACCGCGCCAAGAACCAACUGCGGUCGAGCCUUUUGAUGAACCUCGAGAGCCGCAUGGUCGAGCUCGAGGACCUGGGCCGCCAAGUGCAGAUUCACGGCCACAAAAUCCCUGUUCACGAGAUGGUGCGCCGCAUAAACAGCCUCACUGUUGCGGACCUGCGCCGCGUGGCCCGGAUCGUCGUCCAGGGCAUGGUCGAGAACCCGGGCCGUGGCAGUGGUGCCCCUACAGUCGUGCUCCAGGAGGCCGAAGUGGCCGGCACCGGCGCGAAGCAGAUGCAGUGGGAGGAGAUCCAAGACAUCAUUUACCGGUGGCAGCUGGGUAAGAGAUGA